AUGGAAAUCGUAGAUGACUCAGUUGUUGUAGAGCUUAGCAGCGUUGAACUCGGGGAGGAUUUAGUCAAACCUCAGCAUAUUCAGGACUGGGAUGAUAUAAAGAACGAUCCAGGGACUGAGGGAGAGUUGGGGGAUGAGACAGAAGAGGAAGAUUGGAUUAUGAGGGUGUGCUCCAACAACGAUUUCUGGCAGAAACUGCAGCCCCAGAUGCAAGAAGCAGCCAAAGCAGUGAAGACCACAAAAGCAUAUGCAGGAACUUCUCGAUCUGCAAUUUUCCGCAAGAAUCAAAGACUUAAAACGGCUGCCAUGGGCACACCAUCUCUCACUUCAAUUGGCUUUAUUGGGAUAUCAAAGGAGCCUGCAGAGAGUUCUACCAAUAACCAUAAUCAGCAACAAACAAUAUCUCUUUUCCCAAAGGCUUUAAGCUCAGUGGACAUCAUCACCAUUCGAAAAUACGCAAGGAAGUGCUUUCGAUAUAUGGACGCAUAUCGAAAAAAUAUGUCUGGCCAAGUUGCUGAGCAACAAGUGAAAAAAUAUAGGUCUCAUCGACGUAUCCCAGCAAAUUGGGGAUUUAAAAUUACAGUCCACUGA